GGGAGGGCUGAAGCUGGGUGCUUGUGACUGGAAUUGAUGCUAAUGGCUGUUUGCUCCCUGGAAGGGCAGAGGUGUGGCAGGAGGUGGGGAACACUGAACCCUUCUCACCUGUGCGGGCUGGCGAAUCACAUCACAUUAACCAAGUCACCUCACUUAUCUGGGCUUUAAUUUUUUCCUCUUGCAAAAUGAGACAAAAUCAGGCAGCUUAGCUCCCUGGGUGGUUCAGAGAAUGUGAAACCCUUUAUAUUUUUGUCAAAUCGUGUUGGGUAGCAAAAAUCGACCCUGGUGGCAGGAUGUGGCAGGAAAACUUAGUCAGCAGGAAGGGCAAAGGCAGGCAGCUUGGUGGGAGGUUGGAGAGGGGAACCAGGACGGGCUGCAGGGCCGGACCCCCGGAGGUCGCCCCCCCAAGCUCAGAUCCAACCUGUAGUUGCAGAAAAAUACCUCUCACUCCGUCCUGACUCCAGCCUGGGGGGUCAGCCCCAGUCCAGGCCUCUGCCAUGUCCGGCCAGUCUUGGCCACUCCGUAUAUGUGAGCUAAGCUAGCCUGUGUCCUCUGUCUUGAGCCCCAGACUCAUACACCAGGCUGUCUCCUGGAACUCUCCCUGCAAGUGCCUGCGCUAACACUAACUUCACACACCCUGCACUGAGCCCUUCCGUGUUCUCUCUCUGUGAGCGCUCCACCCACCCGGUCACUUGGCUCAGAACCAUGGGCACCGGGACUGUCCCCCCCCCCGUGCCCGCCAGUGCUGUCACUUCCCCCAGACCUGCUUGGUCUCUUCCAUCCAGCUCUUCUCAUUUAUCCUGCAGGUUUUGUCAGAGUAAUCUCUAUGAAGCACAGCUCUGACCUCAUCCUUCCUCUAUUCCAGAAACUUCAGUGGCUCCCAGCUGCCUUAGGAUAAACUUCCAACCUCUUGCCAAUCUUUAAGUCUUACUCUCCCCUGCCAGCUGUUGUCUCAAGCCAAACUGAUCUCUGCACAUCCUUGCCCUGCCUUGCUGCCUUGCCUCGACUUCCUUGUGUUUACAUGCCAGCAUCUUAUUUCUGAAUGGGUGGGUCCCAGCUGCCCCCUGACCCGCCUUCCCUGGUGCAGCCUCCCUAGUGACUCAACUCGCUCCUGCCUGCAUCUCAGGAUAUCCCUCAGCAGGGAGCUUUGUGGGGUGUGGGGGGGAGUACCUCCCAGCCGGCAGCUGCAGCCUUGCCCCAGGCUGGCCCGGGUCGGGGAUGAGGUGAGAGAGGGCCUGGGGAGGACCUUUUGAGACAAAAGCCUCACUUCCUCUUCCUCGCAGGUGGGGGCAGCCUUCCAUCACUGAGAGCCCAGCUGUCAGCUGCCUCGCGGGAAGAUGCCGCAUCUGCCUGGCAGCGUGGGCAUGCGUGUGGCCACCGCCCUGGGAGCCCUCUGGUUCUGCCUCACAGGCGCUGUGGAAGUCCAGGUUCCCGAAGACCCCGUGGUGGCCCUGGUGGGCACCGACGCCACCCUUCGCUGCUCCUUCUCACCCGAACCCGGCUUCAGCCUGGCACAGCUCAACCUCACCUGGCAGCUGACAGACACCAAACAGCUGGUGCACAGCUUCGCCGAGGGCCGUGACCAGGGCAGCUCCUAUGCCAACCGCACCGCGCUCUUCCCGGACCUGCUGGCUCAGGGCAACGCGUCCCUGAGGCUGCAGCGCGUGCGCGUGGCUGACGAGGGCAGCUUCACCUGCUUCGUGAGCAUCCGGGACUUCGGCAGCGCCGCGGUCAGCCUGCAGGUGGCAGCCCCCUACUCAAAGCCCAGCAUGACCUUGGAGCCAAACAAGGACCUGCGGCCCGGGGACACGGUGACCAUCACAUGCUCCAGCUACCGGGGCUACCCCGAGGCAGAAGUGUUCUGGCAGGAUGGGCAGGGCGCGCCCUUGACCGGCAACGUGACCACGUCGCAGAUGGCCAACGAGCAGGGCUUGUUCGACGUGCGCAGCGUCCUGAGGGUGGUGCUGGGCGCGAAUGGCACGUACAGCUGCCUGGUGCGCAACCCCGUGCUGCAGCAGGACGCUCACGGCUCCGUCACCAUCACGGGUAGGAGGCAGACGAACAGCUGGGGAAGGAUGGAGGGGCCCCGCCUUUAGCUAGCGCCUGAGCUGGAAUUUAGGUAGGCUUGCGUGGCCAGAAGACUUUUUAAAAAAAUUUUCCCCCGUACAUUUCAGGUGUCUCAAACUCUCCCCCUAAAACUCUUUAAGGGACUUGCUCUGUCUAGCUGAUAAGAAUCAUUUAUAGCGUUUGCCCUCCCAAGUGUCUCGGGGGACUGAGUACCUGGCUGGGAUGUGGAGGUGGAUGUGGGAGUUCUGGGAAUCCUGCUUUCCUGUGGGAACUUCUCCAGGUGCUGGGAAGGUGUUGCUACGCCACCAUCUGAUGCUGGGCACCAUCUGACCGUGAGGCCCCGAGAGACAGCUGACCCUCUCCUGAUGGUCAGCCCUCCUCACCCCAUCAAUCAAUGUCAGCUCUCCUGUUGGAGGUGAGCUGGACCCAGGCAGCAACUGUAAUGGGCGGGCUUUCUCUGCUGCCCCCAUGUGGUCAAACACUAGAUCAGCGCUGCCCAUUUGGCGAUUUCUUCAAUCUCUGGUUUUGGGGUCCUAGCCCAGACACCCUUCCCUUCCUUUAGGACCCACCUCAGUGGGCACCCCUUGUGCCUGGAGGUGUGAGGAGGGCUCAAGCCCACACUCAGGCCAGGGGAGGCAGUCUCCAUCUGUGUUUGGGCCUCAGUCUGGCUCCUCAGUUCCUCCCCUUGGGCCAGCAAAGCUUUCCCAGCGGCCUCCCUGCAUUCUCUGGGGUCAGGGCAGCAGGUCCUGUCUGUCUGGUUCUCCCGUUCUCUCUUCCUAUGACUUCCACCCGACCUGCCGCCCACCCAAGUUCUGACGCCCCUGGCGGCCGGUUUCUGCACGAGCCUCGGGAUUCAGAGGCUUAUUCCUGUCUACCCGCACCCCCUGAGCAUCCCCGGACCUCACAUGGCCUCACUUCUGCAAGCUCAGAGCCAGUGCCCAUCACAGCUGUCUUCUAGGAAUUCAGAUUCAUUCCUCCUUCUCUUUCAGGUGUUCCCUCUGCCCACUUCUUCCCCAAGAUUGACCCCACCCUCUUCCUGGAGACCCCCUAGGUCUGUGCUUUCUGUGGGAGAGUCACUGCCCUGGGCUGCUGGAUGUCGCAAGAGGUCUCCUUGACCUUUAGAGAACAACAUACGGUCUGGUGCAUCCGCAGGAGAGAAUCAGAGAUAUCAGAUGGAGCAGGGUUGGCAGAGACUGAAGCUUUCAGAGGAGGGAGUGGUCAGAAUGGGCUGGAGUUUCAGGAGGAGUCUCCAGGGACAGGUGGGGGUCGAGGGGACCUUGAAGGAUCGGUGAACUUCGUGAUGAUUUGCACACUGAGCGGAACUGGAUGUUUGCCAUGUUGUGCAGGAACGGCUUGUGAGUGUGAAUGUGAUUAUGCUCAUAUACCUGAAGAUGCAGGGCUGAGCCCCGCUCUGUCCUGGACUAGUGGAAGGAGGGCCAGCCUGCCCUGCGUUCCAGACACCGAUACCUGCCUAGGGGCAAAUGUGGUGGGAGCCCCUCCCCCUGCGUAUUUCUGUGGCUCUGCUCUGUGCUCCCGGGAUCCCCAGGGGUCCGUCCUUGAAGCCCUCUUGGCCCCUCACAUCAGCUGGUGUCCUCCUCUCCUCUCCUGCUCACCGGGGACAUUUACCCCACCUACAAGAAAGCCUUUAUUUAAAGUUCUAGUAGCUAACGUUUAACGUGCUUUCAUUUCACAGAUGAGGAAACUGAAGCCCAGAGACAAGGGAGCCCUCCCCCAGGGCCACAGAUGGCCACAGUGGCUCUGACUCCUUUGGGGAGUCGGAUACCUUUUUGAAAACUGGAUAAAUGAAAAAUGCAAUCAUUUGCAUUUAAACUUUGGGGGUUCGUGGCCCCUCUAAACUUUCCCAUGGGUGUCUGGACCUUGACUCCAGCACCGUGCGGGGAGCAGAUGAACCAGAACCAGAACCAGAACCCAGCUUUUAGCCUCUAAGCCUAAUUUUCUCUCCUCCCCACCACCCAGCCUCCUGUUUUUGUGAGAGCAGGUCUGGCCUACUUUGGAGCCCUUGGCCUGUAUUUCGCUUAGGGCAGCUCUGUGCCUGGUAAAACAUUUUGGGAUGCGGACUUCCAGUCCUCCAGCCUGGUCUCUCCCACACCUGCUGGAAGUUAGUGGUGUGUGCCGUAUGUGGAGGGGGCUUUAUGGAGCAAACACUGGACUUGGAGUCUGAAGAUGCAGGGCUGAGCCCCGCUCUGUCCUUGAUUAGUGGAAGGAGGGCAAGUCGGGCCUGUGUUCCAGGCACCGAGACCAGCCUAGGGGCGGACGCGGCGGGAGCCCCUCCCCCCGGGUAUUUCUGUGGCUCUGCUCCGUGCUCUCCUGCAGGGCCCCACCCUGGGAUUCCCGGGGGUCCCUCCAUGUGCUUUACGGACUGGCCCUCCUGGCCCUUCAUGUCAGCUGCUGUCCUCCUCUCCUGCUCACCAGGCUGGUGGGUCCCUUUGCUUCCAGGGUCCCCAGUGGAGGUUUGCCAGUCGGGCCGGUAGAAGGUGACAUUGGCUGCAAAUCCCUGUGUCUGUGCCGAGGCCCCCACUACCCAGGCGUUCGUGGCACCGUCUCUGCUCUGACGGUGCCUUCUGCAGGAGCUGCUUUCCCCCUGGCUUUUGUGAGAUUUGUUGUCCCCAAGGUCUCUGCCCAGGACCCCGCGUGGGUCCCGGGACUGGGCUGGAGGGUGGAGCGCUCAGAACAGCCGCUGGCCCUGACCCAGGUGUGGGCGCCUCCACACCCUCCCUGUGCCGUGGGACAGCUAACAGGAGGGCCUCAGCGUCGCCCGGAAACAGACCCCUGGCAGGUCUCCUCUGGGGUGAACCCGGAACCUUCACGCUGGCGCCCUCAGCGCCCACCCUCAUCUUGAUGCGGGAAGCUGCACACGUGCUCCGUCAGGGCUGGAUGGUACAUAUUUUAGGUUUUGUGGGCCACAUCCCAUCUCUGUGCUGCUGCUGCUUUUCCCUUUUUUGGUAACCCUUCACAAACGUAAAACUAUUAUUAGCUCACAGGUUGCACAGAAAACAGGCCACAGGCCAGAUCUGGCCCAUGGGCUCCAGCUGGCUGACGCCUGAUCUCAGGUGGGGGGUUUCACCAGGUGGGGCUGGGGGAGUCAGGGAGGGCCUCCCGCGGAGGAAUCUCAAGCUCGGAGGGGAGUUAGGGGGCAUGUUUUAGGUGGAGGAAACUGACAGCUGCGGUGUGGGGGCUGGGAGGGGCCAGCUGUCUCUGCAGAGUGGCUA